AGACAAUUACUUCCCUCUACAAUCCAAGUAUAUAGAGAGAUCGACGUCAAAAGGAACCUCGGGCUUUGUAUUCAAGUCGGCGAGAUUUCCUUAUGUGAAAACGAAGAACCAACAGAAACGAAUCUAAUGGGGCAUAAUGCUGGUCGCACACCAUUAAUAGACAUCUCAAACACAAGCGUUACAGGUGAUCAAAUAGGAUCAAACUCGCUUGGACCAAUAGACGAUGCUAAUGAACGUAAGAGGCAAAGGGAUAGAGAAAGAUAUGCCACGAUGUCCAUUGAACAAAAGAAUGAGAAAAAUAGGAAGCGUCGUGAAGCACGUCAACGAAAUACAGGACUACCCCUAAAGUCUGAGUCAUCUAGAGGUCCUAUUAAAAACACUCCAUUGGCUGGUAAUUCUAUCGAACGAAAGAGGCAAAGGGAUAGAGAAAGGCGUGCAACAAUGUCGGUUGAACAAAGGAAUGAGUACAAUAACAAGCGUCGUCAAAUGCGACGACGAAAUAAGGGACAAAAUGUGAUGCCCGAUGUUUCAGGAGAUGGCGACAACAAAGUAAAUGUGGAUCUAGAUGAUGAUAGCGACUGGCUGCAUCGGAACGAGACAUUCCAGACAAACGACUAUGUCGCAACGACAGACCUUCUGUCACCAGCAGAUGCUGAGACAGUGCUUGAUGAUCUAGACAUGUCGAAAAUAUACAUCAUCGGUGGCCUGGUGGAUCGAAACAGAUGGAAGGGCAUAACACUGAAGAAGUCAGCUGAGCAGGGAAUUCAAUCUGCAAAGCUUCCUAUUGGAAACUACCUAAAAAUGUCAAGUUCUCAGGUUCUUACAGUUAACCAAGUGUUUGAGAUAAUGUUGAAGUUUGUGGAAACAAGGGACUGGAAGACGGCAUUCUUCCAUGUGAUUCCACAAAGGAAGCGAGGAGAAGCUGAGACCGGAGAUUAAUGGUGAAAGCAUUCCUUUAAAGACUUCUCAAAUCCUAAUGUGCAAUUUCACUGAUGAACAUGUGCACAGUUUUGCCUCCUCGCCUUUCUUGUCAACCUACUAAUAUUAGGAGCUAUGCAAAAAUGUUCUUCAUGCUCUGAAUGACUAAACCCUGCAUUUCUAUGCAACGCCAUGCUCAGUUUUAGAUGA